AAAGUCGUGUGUUCCGUGAAAUGGAGCGAUAAUUCGUUUCACAUUAAUUUAAUUAGACCUCGCGUUCCAAAGUACGCUGAUCGUUCCGCGUAACCGACUGUUCUACUGUUUCAGGCAAAUCACCGUUAAACUGGCUACGUAAUACGCGUUUAUUACUUGGCCGGAUUUCUUUACUACGGUAGAUGCUACUGUAAGGACUUGGCACGAAACAGGACAACCCCAAAAUGCAGCAGCAAUCAGUAAUGGAAGAGGGAACGGCCUAUGAGCCACCUACUUAUGAUGAGACAUUCCCUGUCCUUCCCGAAUCAUCCAGUUCCAACUCUGGACAAUUAAACAUAUUUUCUAUAAACAACAGCCUACAGCUUGGGAGUAUAAAUAUUACACAGCUGUUCCGCGUACCUGGGGAAGAGCGCAAAUUUGAUCACAGUGAUAAAUUUGGUGAACGUGAAUCUAUUCGUACAUGUAAAACCAUCAUGAAAGAAACAAACACGAUUAUUGAAAUUGCAUCGUCGAAGGAUCAGUCUCUAACAUUUCUUAUAACUGGAAAGCCAAAUCAAGUUCUGGAAGCCAAGCGACGCAUCUUAACAACAUUUCAAACUCAGGCAAGCAAGCAAAUUAGUAUUCCUAAGGAUCAUCAUCGUUGGAUCCUUGGAAAGCAGGGACAGAGACUGAAAGAUCUAGAGCAGAAAACUGCCACAAAGAUUAAUGUCCCCGGUGUGCAGGAUCAAUCAGACAUAAUAACAAUUACAGGAACGAAGGAAGGCAUUGAAAAGGCCGAACAUGAAAUUAGAGUUAUCUCCGAUGAGCAGUCUAGGAAAGCUUUUGAAAGGAUAACUGUGCCAAAAAUAUACCACCCGUUUAUAUACGGCGCGCAUAAUGAGAAUCUCAAUGCUAUGAUGGCAGAAACUGGUGCUCGCAUCAAUAUCCCUCCUGCAUCAGUGCAGCAGGAUGAAAUAACCAUAGCUGGUGAGAAGGAAGGAGUUUUAGCAGCAAAGCAAAAAAUCGAGAGUAUCUACAAAGAUAUGGAAAAAAGAUGUACCACCGUAUCUGUAGAAGUUCCGAAGUCUCAACACAAGUAUGUAAUUGGGCCGCGUGGUAGUACCAUAUCAGAAAUAUUGCAGACAACUGGAGUGAGCGUAGAGAUGCCUGCUCCUGAUUCAGCAACUGGUACCAUAACUCUUAGAGGACCGCAAGAAAAGCUUGGCCAGGCACUUAACAAGGUAUAUGAGAAGGCAAACAGCGUACGCACUGCUGUGGUGGAAGCUCCGGUUUGGAUACACAAAUAUAUCAUUGGACGCAAGGGUGUAAAUAUCAAGAAAAUUACUCAAGAAAUGCCAAAAGUAAACGUGGAAUUUACGGGAAAGGAAGACAAGAUCAAGAUUGAAGGUCCACCUGAGGAAGUGGAGAAAGCACAAAACGAGCUACAACAUAUGGCCAACGAUCUUAAAGCUAAGCUUACUUUCACGGAAUUAAAUGUUGAUCCACGUUUUUACAAGCAUAUCAUUGGGAAAAACGGUUGUAAUGUAAAUCGUGUUAAGGAAGGAACAGGUGUCGUGAUCAGCAUCUCCGAAAAUGAUGGCAGCAACAUUAUUCGUAUCGAAGGCAACCUUGCUGGUGUAUCAAAAGCUCAAACUGAACUUGUAGAAAUGGUGAAAAAACUAGAGAAUGAAAAAGAAAAGGACGUGAUUAUCGAUCACAGAUAUUACCGUAACAUAAUUGGUAAUAAGGGAGAUAAUAUCAAGGAAAUUAGAGAUAAAUUCAAUCAAGUACAAAUUACUAUACCUGGACCAGGUGACAAAGGAGAUAUAGUGAAGAUCAGAGGACCCAAAGAAGACGUUGACAAGUGCCAUAAAUAUCUAAUGAAGUUGGUGAAAGAAUUAAAUGAAAGCAAUUAUGUAUUGGAAGUACCUAUUUUUAAACAAUUUCAUAAGUUUGUUAUUGGGAAAGGCGGUGUUAACAUUCGUAAGAUCAGAGAAGAGACGCAAACGAAGAUCGAUUUGCCUGCUGAAGGCGAAAAGAGUGAUGUUAUAACCAUCACUGGAAAAAAAGAAAACGUGGAGAAAGCUAAAGAAAUGAUACAAAAGAUUCAAAAUGAACUGGCUAACAUUGUUACUGAGGAGAUCACUAUUCCACCAAAGUUUUACAACUCUCUCAUUGGUACUGGAGGUAAACUAAUACAUUCUAUUAUGGACGAUUGUGGAGGCGUCACUAUUAAAUUUCCUACGGCGGAAAGUAAAAGUGACAAGGUCAGCAUCAGAGGUCCAAAGGACGAUGUGGAGAAAGCAAAGGCCCAACUCUUAGAACUAAGCAAUGAAAAACAGUUAUCCAGCUUUUCAACUGAAGUGCGUGCCAAAGUUCAACAUCACAAAUUCCUCAUCGGAAAGAAUGGUGCCAACAUCAAGAAAAUAAGAGAAUCCACAGGCGCACGAAUUAUAUUCCCGACGGAGGAGGAUCAAGAUAAAGAAGUGAUUACAAUUAUGGGCAAGAAGGACGCUGUUGAGAAAGCUAAAGCCGAAUUAGAAGCCACGAUUAAGGAAAUUGACAACAUUAUCGAGGGUGAAAUUUACAUCGAUCCCAAGCACCACAGACAUUUCGUGGCGCGAAGAGGCGGUGUGCUGCACCGAAUUGCUGACGAAUGCGGCGGUGUGCAAAUUUCGUUCCCGCGAGCUGGCGUCGAUAGCGAUCGCGUCGUUCUGAAGGGCUCGCAUGAAUGCAUAGAAGCUGCGAAACAGCGAAUGCGAGAAAUUGUUCAGGAAUUGGAAUCUAUGGUGACGGUGGAGUGUGUAAUACCUCAAAAGCAUCAUCGCACGGUGAUGGGUGCGAAGGGUCGCAAGGUGCAAAACAUAACAUCCGAAUAUGAUGUCCAAAUCAAGUUCCCCGAUCGCGAUGUGUAUGACGAGCAUAAGGCACCAGAACAAGUUAAUGGUGAAAAUGGAGUAGUUGCGGAAACUGUUCCAGCCUGCGAUAUAAUUCGCAUCACCGGACAACCGGAGAAUGUUGCUGGUGCUAAACAAGCUCUACUCGAUCUCGUACCCAUUACGAUUCAAGUGGAUGUACCGUUUGAUUUCCACCGUUCAAUAAUCGGUCAAAAGGGUAAAGAUGUACGAGAGUUAAUGAAUACAUAUGAUGUGCACAUCAUGCUUUCCCCGGCCGAAGAAAAAUUGGAUUAUAUCAAAAUCUCUGGAACACCGUCGUGUGUUCAAAGUGCCAAGAAAGCCAUCCUUGAAAAAUGUGAGGCGUUGAAAGCCGAACGAGAAGAUCGUGCACUAAAAUCUUUUGAAUUGAAGCUCGAAGUCGAUCCAGAAUAUCAUCCGAAAAUAAUCGGCCGGAAAGGAGCUGUGAUCAGUAAAAUACGUAGCGAUCACGAUGUUCAAAUUAAUUUCCCACGCAAAGGUGAUCCUGAAGAACAUAUUAUUACAAUAACAGGAUAUGAAAAGAAUGCGUACAGUGCGCGCGAUGAUAUUAUGAAGAUCGUCAACGAAUUGAACGGUUUGACGAAGGAGGAAGUGAAAAUAAAUGCUGCUGUGCAUUCGCGCUUGAUCGGCGCCAAGGGUAGAAAUAUCCGUAAAAUCAUGGAUGAACAUAAAGUCGACAUAAAGUUUCCGAGGAAAACCGAUGCCGAUCCUGACAUUGUAACGAUCGUGGGUGCGGAAGAGAAUGUAGCCGAUGCAAAAGAUCACCUGCUAAAUCUCGAGGAGGAAUACAUGCAAGAUGUAAUAGACAACGAAUACCGCGAGAGCCUGCGCUCGCCUCAGCGCGAUGACGGCAGCAAUGCCGGUGGCAAUGAGAACGACAGCGGUUUCAUCGUGAAGGGAGGACCGUGGGAGCAGCAGCAGCAGCAGCAGCAGCCGCAGAGCGCGCCGAAUACAGCCAGCGUGGAAGAGUUUCCACAGUUCGCUGGCUAUUCUCACGUACCCGUGGCGACACCCCCGGACGGCCCUUGGGGAAUUAAGCGUUAAAACAUAGAAUCUAAAUCCGCUAAGGAAAAUCAAUUGAUGGAACGUAAGCUAACGUUGUAAGGUAACUUUCCUCUGACAAACGGUAUGUAAAACACUGCAAACGUAUUCACACGUACACAAGCUGACACACACACACACACACACACACACACACGUGCGCGCGCGCGCACACACACGCACACGCACACACACACACACGCACACACAAAGAGACACAUACACAGACACAUUAUAUACACGCAUAUGCACUUGUGUUGGGUGGUUCCCUGUUCCAUUACUGACGUUGUUGCUGCAUACGACCUGGCCAUUCUAUUGGACUCUGACACUGGUUUACUACACACAACGUUCGACGAUGAUGUUUAUAUUUACAAUUCAUAAUACCGAUGUCCUAUAUAUCUGUAACUGCAACGCAUGUUGUUCUCAAUUUGUCGUCGCGCCACCCGGUCCAGUUCAUAUACGUAUGCACGGUUCAAUCUCUCGUGGCUUUCAUUUUAAAAAUGAUAUGCCUUCCAGAUACAGAUAUGUUGUACUUAAGACUGUGGCUUCGUGGGAAAUAAUCGGAUCAGAGUUCUGCAGAAAGGGAUCUAGCUCACACACAGUUGGGAAAUAAAACUAACCAUAUUCUGCAAUAUUCUUUAUUGUAGAAUGGAAUUUGGACUUUACGAUAAGGAAGGAAUUUUCGUGCGUUAGUUUCUUUCUGCAGGAUCUGGCCAAUUUAUUCGUGUAUUAUAUUACUUUCACAGAUAAUGUACUACGUAUACUGUUCAUAAACAGUCAUACGUUUUUCGUUGAACUUAGCAUAAUUUGUUAAUUUAUUUAUAUUUUUUUGUACAUAUAUCGCAUUUUCUCGUUGCGUUGUGCCACUUGAGUGAAGUGGUUUUCAAACUACAUCACGAAAUUGUUGAAAUUUAUACUGUGAAAUUUUCACGAAUCAAACAAAGAGAGACAAUUUUUAAGGAAAUGCUUGUUCCUUAGGAAUUCACAAUUUUUAAUUAUAUUAAUUAGUCAUUACAAACUUGGUUCAAGUCUCCAAAAUUUGAAUGCAAUGUAAACGAGAAAGCUGUCGAUGCAUGGAACGCAUACUCAUCAAAUACAAUCUGAACAACUGAUGCAAUUGAGGAUAUAAAACUAAUAGUUUUCAUGAGUGAAAUAAAUUUCCGAUGCUCAGUUUUCCUGUCUUACAAAGGCGAGGGAAUAUAUCUUACGCCAUUCGUCGCGUUUUCAUUGCUCACAAAAGUACAUAAAGAUCAUUUUCCUUGUAUCUUCAACAUCAAAACGUGAAUUGGAAUUAUACUAUUUUUACUUUUAUCAAGCAGUCGCAAUGUUGUAUGUUCAAGGAACAUAAUAUAUAGAAGGCCUUGAUCCUGCGCCGCAUGAGACUUAUGUCUUAAGGCCGUAUUAAGACAUAUGUAAAAAUAUCGGCACCGUUGCAGAGAAUGGUCAAACCGAGUCUUGAUGUUAUCAAUAGUGGACGAUACACGAAUUCCUUUUGAUAGCCGGCUUUAUUUAUUUGUCCUAUUUUACUGUUUCGUAUACCGUUUGAUGUGCAAGUCCUUGCAUUCUACUAUUUAUGAGGCCAACUAGCUAAGAAAAGGAUAUUUAGUUCAAGUGCCUUGUCUAUUUUCUUCAAGACAGCUCAUUUCAAUUGUUGGAGGAAUGUGAAUACUAGAUUUAUUAUACAUAUAAAUAAAUACAAUAUAUGUAUUGUAUUUAUCCGGGGUAUCUGAGAACCAUUGAAUGAUACUUUCGGAGUAGAUGCAUUCAGGAAUUCGAAGAGAGCCCACCCUUUCUUAGUGGAGAUAUCAAAAGGCCGUUUGUUGUACCCUUUUACAUUUCAAUAAUAAGUAGCAGUGAAAUCUGUCUCGAAUUAAGAUUUAACUUUAACAGACUAAGUUUUGUGCCUCAAUUACGCUAGGAUAGGUGAAUUAUUUGUGAAAAAUCUCCCACGUGCAAAUGGGGAAUUUUGAAGAUUACUUACACCACGAUAUUUUUAUUAAGUAAAAAAAUGUAUUUCGGAAUAGUCAACCAAUCUGUUCCUAAAGUAUCAUCCGGUGAUUAUGGGACGACCUGUAUAUAUACACAUCACAUGUAAACACGUAUAUGAAUAUAUGAUAAUAAUUAUUCUAUACAAUAUGUAAUAUGUAAUAGGAGGGAGAGAGAAAGAGAGAGAGAGAGAGAGAGAAAGGUAAUAGGUACCACACACAGGUACAAUGAUACACUACUAUUAUGAAUGAAAUAAUAGAAUUAUCAUGUAUACAGAAAUUCACUUAUAUUUUUUAGAUUUACAGUAAUUUUUAUAAAUCUACUUGGUACAGCGACCUAUGUGUCAUCUCCAAUGCAUGGUAAAUGUAAGAAAAGCCAGAAUAGUAAAUUUUAAUACUUAGUUUUGGCUAAGAAUUUGACAGAUGCUGUGCAUGAAUAUAAUUUUCUAAUGAGUUAUAAUAAAAUAUAUUGUAAUUAUAUGAAACAAUAUUCUCUGUACACAUAAGUAAAUAAUGUUAUAACACGUGGAUUCUAUUGUAACAAUAUAUUACAUUCAUUGA